AUGGAUAAUGGUCGAGACGAGAUCCUUCAGACUUUGGCGCGCGGAAACGGCAAACUAGCACUGCAAUUGAGCGGGAAACUUUGUGCUCAGUUUCCAAAGGCAAGCUAUCCCAAGCUGCUCGAGCAGUACGUGCGGUUUCGGCACAACAAGAGCAAGUAUAGUGCGGAAACAAUGUUAGAACCGCUGUUGGAUACCCCAAAUCCGCCUAGUGACUUACGGUCGCUUGAGUUAUUGCACGUUUUCCGUCAAGAGUUGGAACAAUUCGACUGCUCUCUCGAUGGUUACAAGAAAGCAAUGAGAAAGUAUCCGAGCCUCGAAAUUGGCUAUAAUUGGUUUAGCAAGGCUAUUGAAGACUUCAAUUUGCAGCACAUGGUUCAGGCGUCGUUCCAGCUGCGUCGGUGGUCGCAGGAACCUCGCAUGAUGCAGUUUUGGAACGCUUUGUCGAUAGUGGCACUAGUCAAGCUUCAAAACCGUGCGGAAGACAAAAUCAACAUCCAAAUAGCGUUCAAAACUGUCGAGAAUCUCAAACCUUUUCAAUCGGACCAAGAAACUAUCAUCUAUUGUCUUGUCUGUGAAAUUUGUGGUGACAAGUCCCAGGAUAUUGUUGAGUUGUUACUUCCAGCAUUUAAAGGUGCCAACAAUGCAAAAUUCUCCGUCGACUUAUAUCUCAAGAAUUUCAUGCUCAAGCAUCUUACCAUCCUGUGCGAUUAUUCUAACCUCUUCAUUGUGUGCAGCUUUUUGCUCACCUUACUUGACGACUUUGAGAUUAUCACCAAACUUAUUGAGAGUGCCAAAGCGUUGGGUAAGCCUCGUGAAGAAGUUGAAAUGAUACUCUCGCUACGAGACUCGCGGAAUCACCGCCUUGCAAAUAUGCAACUUGAUGUCGUUUACUGCGAGACCAUAAAAAGCAAAUCUCUUAAGCACUACUUGGAGCGGUUUCACGACAAACCAUGUUGUGUGGCCGAUCUGAACCACUUUCAAGACUAUAUGUCACCAGAAACUAUAAAACUCGGCAUGAAUGCAUUUUCUGGGGGUCUCUUGCACGAUUGUAACUACUCGAAGCUUACUGGUGACCAUAAGAUGGAGCAUUUUGUUGAUCUUUUUGUCAAAUAUAAGCCCACGCUAAGUGAAAAGCCCAAGACUGAUUAUUCUUCGUGUUCAUACUUCAUUUUGAGGAUUGUCGAAAAUCUGGUGAAUGACAAACACUUGACGUUGGAAAACGCUUUGACAAGCGUCGCGAUUUUGGAACAAUACCAAGCUCUUGAUCCCUAUAAUUUUGACACUAGAGUAUGGCUGGUAGUGCUAUACAAUUAUUUGGGUUCUCCGACAAUGGCAUACGAACAUUUUGCACAUUUAAAAGUUAAAAAUCUACAAAACGAAAGUUUGAACUAUCUUAUGGCAUCCAGAUAUUCGUCUUUAUUUCCGGUGAAAGACCAUCCAUUUGUCGAACACUUGGAGACUAGUGAUAAGCUUUACGACUCUACGACUAGUUUGCCAAGAUUUAUUCAAAUAGCUUUUGAGCGCAAAAGUUAUAGUAAGAUUUUAGGCAUGCUCGAGCUACAUGACAAGAUGACUCUCUCAUUAACGCGACUAUCCGAGCUGACGGAGCAAUUGCAACGCGCGCGGCUCUUCAACGACAAGCGCGGAGAAUUGCUAAAGAAGUUACACGAAUCAUUUCGCGCGUUGUGUCAAUCCCACGUCAACCGUGACUCGCUUCUAGAUAGACACAGGCUGCACUUGAAAGAUAAUCGCGAUCUUUCCGUUCUGGGACCCAUGGAUUCGUGUUUCGAGGUUACGGCAUACAUUGAUCAGUCCAAUGACGCUGUGAUCGUAGAAUGUAUUCAAGAAAUGCUACUGGAACUAAGUGUUUCGGGAGAACGUAGCACGCUUUUGGAGGAAAUGCUCAUGCAUCACAAUCAGAAGGAAUUAGUCAAAGAAAUGACUCCCAGUGAGUUUUGGGCUUUUACUACUAUCUGCCUCGUGUACGAGUCGCAAUUUGAUGAGUCUAAAAUCUCUGAGCUCCAAACACAGUUGAACAAAAGGCCUGAGAUCCAUAGGCAGACUUGGAGGCUGGCUCAUGACUUCCACACGCAAAUGGCCACACUUAAAUCUCUAGAUCAGCUUAAGCGAAUCAAGAACCCUGGAUGCAAAACUUCUAUCAAGACGCAGCUCCGCCAACUGCGCGACCUAGGUCCAGAUUACUUCCAAGACUACAUUGCUGCCAUUUCUUCUACUAAGGUAGAUAGUCAGCUUCUGAAACGACUUGGAUUUGCCUCAGAGGAACCAUGCGUUGCGAUCUCCAUCAUGGCCACGUUUAAAGUCGCCAGGAACCUCUGA